AUGGCUUCUCAAGGUGCUGGCAAUUCCUCGGUAGCCGCGAAGAUGCCCAUUCCGAAAAAAUCUCGGACUAUUAAGACAGACCGACCUCGGCCAUUUCUAUGCUCUAUAUGCACGCGGGGCUUUGCUCGCCAAGAACAUUUAAAGCGCCACCAGCGCGCUCACACUAAUGAAAAGCCUUUUCUGUGCGCCUUUUGCGGCCGAUGCUUCGCGAGGCGCGACCUCGUUCUACGACACCAGCAGAAAUUGCACUCGUCACUUACCGACACCGGAUCUGGUGCCUCUCCUAAUAACGGAGAUGCCAAGAAUCACUUAAAUGAGCGUCAUAUUAUCACCAUCUCAGGGAACAAACAGACAAUGCUUCCGAUGCUGGGGAGUGCUUCCGACCCUUCAGUCGCUGCUAUAUCUAUACCACGGCAACCCACAAAAGUGCAAGAAUCUAAUCCAAACCCAUCCCAACAGAUGGCCCCACAAGUACCUCAAAACCAACGACAACCGGUGCUAUCAGGACAGAAGCAACAAAAGCUAAGUGGUACAUCAAUAACACCGCAUUCUCAUGGACCAGAAUUAGAAGAGCGCCAGCAGAAACGCAAGCGGCAUGCAUCAUUUUCAGCAUCUAGUUCUAUUACCUACACUCAGGCCAAAGACGCCUCGGGCAUUAUAGAGCACGACAUUCCAGAUAUACCACAUCAAGUGGGAUUUUCUACCCCUCAACUAUCCGCACAGGAACUAGUGGAAAAGGCUCUAGAGAGCGGUUUUAACUUAGAAGUCUUACCUUUUCCUCCUCCAUUGGAGCUUCCUGAAGCAGCCGCUAAUCCCUUAAUGUCUCAAAGGCAUCAGAGUGACGAUAAUUUACAGCGGUUACCAAUUCAUGAACCAAAGAGAAACCAUUCUGCCAGCGAUGUUCGUUCCGCUCUUUCAGUGGAUACUCCUCUUCUUUCGGACUACUUGCAGAUGGGUUCUUCCGCUGGUGGCUGGGGAGGAUUUACUAACUUUUAUCCUACAGACUCGAAUUUAGAUUUUUUCAGCUACAACACGCCCCCAGAUACUAUGAAACCACCCCAUUCUUCAAUUUUGACUCCCGUUCCCGAUCAAUCAGGAAAGUCAAAAAAUGGCGCUGAGCGCCAUGGAAACAGCACAGACCAACAUUGGCUACUAGAGUUCAUCAACACACACGUUGACGGUAAUUUUAAAGUCGACGUCGAUGAUUUCAAUGAGAUAGGUUUUCCCUGCACUAAUUCUGAGACCACAACUUCUGGCUCUACUCCUCAAGUCAACAAUGUUACCUCUACCCCCUUCGCAAAAUCCGAAGAUACUGUAGAGGGUCCUUCUAGCCCCAAGUUUUCUAGAAAUAUUUCAGAAAAUGAACUCUCCUCUGUGGCGAUCAACGAAGCAGCGGCUGCGGGUCUCAAACCCAACAAAAAGUACCACAGGAAGGGCGAUAUUCCAUUCUUUUUCAAGUCAAGGCAAAUUGACCUUUUCAAAAAGAUAAUGGAAAACCAAGGUGAGUUUAGUUCUCCCUUACAAGAUGGAGACAAGAAUAAUAUUAAAUCUAAGAAAGGCUCGAGGCUUUGUUUCUUUAACGAGGAACUCCGCAACCACAUUCUGAAAACCAACGAUCUCACAUCAGAUCAAUUUCCCACACUAAAGGAACUGAAUACAUACGUCAACCUUUACCAAGAUGAAUUCCACCGAUAUUUUAGUUUCAUUCACCUCCACUCAAUUCGCCCUUCUGCAGAAAUAUAUCCUUUCUUGCUUUCCAUUGCCAUGAUUGGCGCUUUGUAUGGUUUUCAUUCAUCGCACGCCAUGCUUUUAUUUAAUAUCUGCCGCUUUCGCAAGAGAGAGUAUUUGGAAAAGACGAAAGGUCACCAUGAAGAAACACCUUUAUGGAUAAUACAGGGCAUGGUCCUUUUGAUUUUUGUUGGAAUAUUCAAUAAUGAUGUUUCAUUUACGCUCAUCAUGAGCACACAGAUUAGAUCACUAAUUGAACUCAUUAAAAUAAAGCAACUGAAUUUACCUCUCGAAGCCCUUAUAAAACCCCCGAUAGAGAGUGACCACAUACUUGAUUAUCAAGAUGACCCCCAGCUCUUAGAACAAAAGAGACGAGAGUACAAUACCCCAGAACAGGUCGAGCGAAACUAUCAUUAUUUCAUUCAUGCCCAGUCGCGAAUUCGAACUUGUCACACUAUACUUUUAAUCUCCAAUCUAUUCAACUCUCUUGUUGGGCUUGAUUGUUGCUUUCACUCGAUCGAUGUCAAGUGUGGUAUCCCGUGUUACCGAGACGAACUUUACUUCUGCGAGACACCUCAAGAAUGGGCUAAGCUCCUUAAGAGCUACCACAUAAUUCUGGACUCAAAAUUCUCACUCAUUGACUUAUCAAAUGGUGGCGAGACUUACAAAAAUUGUUUGAUAUAUCUCACAAAUGGGUAUCAAUUUUUCUAUGAGAAUAAGAAAGUGUCUUUCAAAACUUUGUUAUCCUUGCUCAUUUCAAUACACGAGAAGAUUUUUAUUGAAGGUUACAACCUGCGACAUGAGCUUAAUGACCAAAUUGUCGAUGUUAAGUGGCGGAUGAAUUCCCGGCCCAUCAUUGAGUCGCUACUGAAAUACUGGGAGGCUCUAUAUAUAAAAAAUGGUGGGGUUAUCAUUGCAAAUGAGGGAAAUAUUGCAUUUAUCAACUCAAACCCUUCAUUACGCCUCAUCAUACCCUUGCUAAAUUUUGCCAAGAUACGAAAAUGCCUGCUGCUCACCAACGUCAUGAAAAAAAUUUGGUUCAAGGAUUGGGAAGGCAUGAAUGAAUGCCUAGAAGACUUUCGCGACUGGGAAUCAUUGAGAGAAGCCACUGACUAUGCCUUAAAUAUCGUCAAAUUCUGGGUUGAUACAGUCUUUAUUGUGAAGGACGCUGAAAAAACAUCUAUCAGAACUCCGAUUUUUUCCAUUACUUGCAUAUUUUCCUCAAUCUUAAUUGUCGCUGAGUAUUUAAAAAGGGUUGAAACUUGGGCCAGAUGUUUUCGUAAUAGCACGACUACAGAAUUUCUCAAAGCCGUCGAUCGCACUUUGUGGCUCAAAUCGGAGACCAUUCUUAAAAAAGUUGAGGAGCACCUCUUGCCUAAGGGCUACAAUACACAGUCUUAUGCUGAGUUUUUACGAUUACAAGCAAAUGGAGCUUUAGAUGUGGAGGUACUUGAUGAUGACCUUGCUCGGAAAGCGAUGAGCCCAAACACUGACAUCAAAGAAACAGUUGAAGUAAUUUUGAAGGCAAGAAUAUCCUCCCGUUCUUUAUAUCUUGGUGUGAGGAUUCUCGGAGACGCGCCAAUUUGGCCUAUAGCAUUGCUUUUCGCUCACGCGCUUCAAUCAAGGGCUAUCUUCAAUUUGGCUUACCGCUCCUCGUAA